GAGGGUCUCGUGGUUCAACACAAAAAGCAACACGUAGUGCUGUUUGGAAGUAUAUUUUGUUUUGUAUGCCUUUACAUAUGAGAUGGGUUGUCGAGGAAGGCCUUUCUUUGAUCUUAAUGAACCCCCUGCCGAAGAGAACGAGGAAACUGAUGGUGUCCUCUGCUUGCAGCCUCAAAAGGCACUUCCAUCUUUGAAUUCUCAUGCCUCUGACUUGUUUUCUUCAUCUGAGGGUUCUCAGAGAAUGCUGAAUAACCAUGCUUUCUCUCAUGCAUCCUCUGUUUCGGGCUUCCAGCCUUUUGUUAGGCCUAAGCAUGUAAAUAGCGCUGAAGACGAUGUUAAACAAAAGAAGGUAGAUGAUUUGAAUUCCAAGAAUGCCUUGUCAACAUAUGGUGAGGAAACUAAAACAACACCACCACUGGCUGCAGGCCCUGCAGAUGCUCAAGUUGUGGAAAGAGAGGAAGGGGAAUGGUCUGACGCAGAGGGUUCUGCUGAUGCCUUUGGAUUGAAUUCAGACAAUGAUAAGCAUGAGCAGUCAAUUAAUGUUAAUGGUGAAAAUGCAGAGACACAGGAACUCGCUGAGAGAAUUCAUCCUUUUGUUACUAACAAGGCUUCUGAGAGUAUCUCUCGUGAUUCCCGAUUACCUCAAGGUGCUAAGGAUGAAUUCAAAAACAUAAUUAAGGAUGAGAACUGGAGUAAUGCUUCUUCAGGAUUGGAUCUGGAGUCGUCAGAAAAGAUGGGUAACAAUAGCCAACAGUCAGAGGGUAAUGCCAAAGGGGACAUGAACAUAGAUGGACAGGAGUUGUCGUCCUUGAUUGUGAAUAAAAAAGAAGUUAAAGGAAAUGAAGCAAGUCAUGCACUGAAGUGUGCAAAUAAUCCUGGGAAGAGGCACAAGCUUGAUCAACACAAGGAGGCAAUGCUGGGGAAAAAACGUAGCAGGCAGACAAUGUUUCUUAAUUUGGAGGAUGUCAAACAAGCUGGCCCUAUUAAAACAUCCACACCAAGGCGGCAAACCAUUUCGGCACCUUUAACUUCCCGUGCUGUUAAGGAAAUUCGAAAUAUUCCUGCCCCAGCCGAGCGCAGUGGAGAAAGGACUGGCAAGGAUCAGAAACAAGGAGAUGUGACAUGUAAUGAAGGAGGCACUCUAAUGGAUACUGGGGACCAGAAAUCUGAAUCCAAUGGUGAUAUAAGUGAAGGAUCUCAAGCAAGGUCUAGGAAGCUAAACAGUGGUGUUGAAAUCCUUGCAGAGGUAUAUCCACCACCCAUGCUGAGACAAAGUUCAUGGAAGCAGCCCUUGGAAUCAAGGCAACUGAAAAAUCCAGUGGUUCCAGCUAGGAAACAGGCUAUUCCCAAUCAAAAUUCCAUGGACCCAAAGUUGGGUAACAAGAAAUAUUUUCCUUCCAAGAAACAAACUUCAAAUAGCACACAGUGUCAGGAUACAUCUGUGGAACGUCUUCUGCGGGAGGUGACUAAUGAAAAGUUUUGGCAUCAUCCAGAGGAGACUGAACUCCAAUGUGUUCCUGGACGGUUCGAAUCUGUGGAAGAGUAUGUGAGAGUAUUUGAGCCUUUGCUUUUUGAGGAAUGCCGGGCACAGCUAUAUAGUACUUGGGAGGAGCAUACAGAAACUGUUUCCAGAGAUGCACACGUAAUGGUGAGAAUAAAGAAUGUUGAAAGGCGAGAAAGAGGAUGGUUCGAUGUAAUAGUUCUUCCUAUGCAUGAAUUCAAGUGGACAUUUAAGGAGGGUGAUGUUGCAGUUCUUUCAUCUCCGAGGCCUGGAACAGUGAGAUUUAAGCGGAACCAACCUGGUGCAAGUGAGGACGAUGUUGAGGCUGGGGUCACUGGCCGUGUAGCUGGUACUGUUAGGCGACAUAUUCCUAUUGAUACUCGUGAUCCUCCUGGUGCCAUCCUCCAUUUUUAUGUUGGUGAUACAUUUGAUCCUAACAGCAAUGAUGAUCAUAUUUUAAAGAAAUUUCAGCCCAAGGGUAUCUGGUACUUGACUGUCCUUGGUUCUUUGGCGACUACCCAACGUGAAUAUAUUGCCCUGCAUGCGUUUCGUCGUCUCAAUUUGCAGAUGCAAACUGCAAUCCUUAAGCCUAGUCCUGAACAGUUCCCAAAAUAUGAAGAGCAGCCCCCUGCCAUGCCUGAAUGUUUCACUCAGAACUUUGUUGAAUACCUGCACAGAACCUUCAACGGGCGUCAGUUGGCUGCUAUUCAAUGGGCCGCGACACAUACUGCUGCUGGUACGAGUAGUGGCAUGGCGAAGAGGCAAGAUCCGUGGCCUUUCACUCUGGUUCAAGGGCCUCCGGGAACAGGGAAAACACACACCGUCUGGGGAAUGCUAAAUGUUAUCCAUCUUGUUCAGUAUCAGCACUAUUAUACUGCUCUGCUUAAGAAACUUGCUCCUGAAAGUUAUAAGCAAGCUAAUGAGAGCAAUUCUGAGAGUGUCAGCACAGGAUCAAUUGAUGAAGUUCUUCAAAGUAUGGAUCAGAACCUCUUCCGUACAUUGCCAAAACUCUGCCCGAAACCUAGAAUGCUUGUGUGUGCUCCUUCAAAUGCAGCCACUGAUGAAUUGCUUGCGCGUGUUCUUGACCGUGGAUUCAUUGAUGGUGAGAUGAAAGUCUAUCGGCCUGAUGUGGCCCGAGUUGGUGUUGAUUCACAAACACGUGCUGCACAGGCUGUUUCUGUUGAACGAAGAACUGAGCAACUGUUAGUUAAGAGCCGUGAAGAAGUUAUUGGUUGGAUGCAGCAGUUAAAAGUCCGCGAAGCUGAUUAUUCACGUCAGUUUGCUUAUCUUCAGAGGGAAUUAAAUGUUGCAGCAGCAGCAGGCCGAGCUCAAGGAUCUGUUGGAGUUGAUCCUGAUGUUCUUGUUGCUCGGGACCACAACCGGGAUUCAUUGCUGCAAAACCUAGCUGCGGUUGCAGAAGGGAGGGAUAAAAAUCUGGUGGAGUUGUCCCGCCUUCUAAUAUUAGAAGCAAGGUUUCGUGCUGGUAGCAGCUUCAAUCUGGAAGAAGCUCGUGGUCAUCUGGAAGCAAGUUUUGCUAAUGAAGCUGAGAUUGUUUUUACAACAGUCUCAAGUAGUGGGCGUAAAUUGUUUUCUCGUCUUACUCAUGGUUUUGAUAUGGUUGUUAUUGACGAGGCAGCCCAGGCUAGUGAAGUUGCAGUUCUUCCUCCUCUCUCUUUAGGUGCAGCUCGUUGUGUUCUUGUUGGGGAUCCACAACAGCUCCCUGCAACUGUUAUUAGCAAGGCAGCUGGGACCUUGUUAUACAGUAGAAGCCUCUUUGAAAGGUUCCAGCAAGCAGGUUGCCCUACAAUGUUGUUAUCUGUGCAGUAUAGAAUGAAUCCGCAGAUCAGGGAUUUCCCAUCAAGAUACUUCUACCAGGGGCGUUUGACCGAUAGUGAAAGUGUAUCUAAACUACCAGAUGAGCCUUAUUACAAGGAUCAAUUAUUGAGACCUUAUGUGUUUUAUGAUAUCACGCAUGGACGGGAGUCCCAUAGAGGAGGAUCUGUCUCUUAUCAAAAUAUCCAUGAAGCACAAUUUUGUCUCCGCAUUUAUGAGCAUCUUCAAAAGACUUUGAAAUCCUUGGGUGUAGGCAAGAUUACCGUUGGCAUAAUAACACCAUACAAACUGCAGUUAAAAUGCCUUCAACGUGAAUUUGAGGAGGUUCUGAAUUCAGAAGAAGGUAAGGACCUUUAUAUCAAUACUGUAGAUGCGUUUCAAGGUCAAGAACGUGAUGUCAUAAUAAUGUCCUGUGUACGGGCUUCAAAUCAUGGUGUGGGCUUUGUUUCUGAUAUUCGCCGAAUGAAUGUUGCUCUCACUCGUGCAAGAAGAGCACUAUGGGUAAUGGGCAAUGCCAAUGCUCUGAUUCAAUCAGAUGACUGGGCUGCAUUGAUUAAUGAUGCCAAGGCAAGGAAUUGUUACGUUGACAUGGAGUCUCUCCCUAAAGAUUUUCUGGUCUCUAAAGGACCUCCUUACACUCCAUUGCCAGGUAAGGCUUCCUCUAACAUGAGGGGUUUGAGAACAGUUGGACCAAGACAUAGACAUUUGGACAUGCAGCCAGAGUCCAGGUCUGGUACUCCAUUGGAAGACGAGGGGAAGCUGAAUAUAUCAUCAUUCUCAAGGAAUGGAGGAUACAGAGGUAUGAAGCUGCCAGCAGAGAAUUCCUUGGAUGAUUUUGAUCAAUCAGGGGAGAAAUCUCGAGAUUCAUGGCAUAAUGGUUUCCAAAAGAAGCAAAGUUCUGCAGGAAUGGUGGGAAAGAGAGAUUCAUAAUCA